AUGUCUCGAACCGAGCGUGUCUCUUAUGAAGAUGUUGUUGAUGAGAAGCAGCGCUCGUCGAAUCAUGUUGAGGAUUACAGCAAUGUGACGACUAUCGAUAAUAUCCAGGUUCUCGGGCUGGCGCCUGAGGAUGCGGAGUUUUAUCGUGGUUUUACGGAGGAGCAGAGGAAGGCUGUAUUACGGAAGGUGGACUACCGACUGGUUCCCAUGUUGGCCGUGCUGUAUUUGAUUUCGCAUUUGGACAGAGCUAAUAUCGGCAAUGCGAAGAUUGCUGGCCUUACGACUGACCUUGGUCUGAGUGGGAUUCAGUACAAUAUCGCCCUCAGUCUUUUCUUCAUUCCUUAUGUUCUGCUUGAGGUGCCCAGUAACAUGCUGUUGAAAAGGUUUACCCGGCCAUCUGCCUACCUUGGCUCUCUUAUCGUCUCCUGGGGAAUUAUUAUGACCUUGACAGGGGUUAUUCAGAACUUUGCUGGGCUGCUGGUGGUCCGCGUCCUGCUAGGUGUCUUCGAAGCCGGAUUCUUCCCAGGCGCUGUCUAUCUCUGCUCCUUCUGGUACAUGCCCAAGAAUCUGGCUACCCGUCUGGCCGUCUUCUACUGUGCCAGUGCUCUUUCCGGUGCUUUCUCGGGUCUGCUGGCCGCUGGCAUUUCCAAAAUGAGUGGAGUUGGCGGCUAUGAAGGCUGGCGCUGGAUCUUCAUCCUCGAAGGCCUGGCUACUAUUGUCCUGGGAGUCGCCUGUUUCUUCCUCUUGAUUGACUCGCCGAAACUUUCGGGCAAGUGGCUGUCCCAAGACGAGAUUCGCUUCUUGGAAAUACAGCACUUUAUUAAGGACGGCGGCCAGUUCAAGGAUGAGAGAAAGAAGACAUCGUGGAAAGACAUUAGGGCAGUGUUGAGUAACUGGAGAAUGUAUCUCCUGGCAUACAUCUUACUCUGCCAGUCUGCCUGUUCAUACGGAACAAAAUUCACCCUCCCCACAAUCACAGAAGGAAUGGGCUUCAAAUCAACAAAUGCCCAACUAAUGACCGUUCCCCCAUACGUCGCAGGCGCAAUUUCCGCCAUCUUCUUCUCAAGAUUAUCCGACCGAUUCUACUGGCGCGCCCCAUUCGUCGUAGCUCCACUACUACUAGUCGUCAUCGGAUACGCCAUCAUCAUCGGAUUAAAGGGUAACCUUGAAGCGAACAUCGGACCCGGCUUCUUCGCCAUCAUCCUCACUUGCAUGGGAAUCUACCCCACACACCCAGCAACGACAUCCUGGACCAUGAAUAACCUCGCCCCCUCCAAUCGCCGCGCGAUCGGGGGUGCGUUCAACAUUUGCGUCGGCAACAUCGGAGGUAUCAUCGGCAGCUACAUGUACAUUAGCAAGGAGGACCCGACUUAUCCCACGGGUUUUGGCCUGUCCUUGGCAUUCGGCGGAUCUGCGCUUGUGGCGGCAUUGGUGCUGGAGGUUUCGUAUAUGUGGGCGAAUAAGAAGAAUGGGGCUAUUAGUGAGGUUGAGAUUCGGGAGAAGUACUCUGAUGAGCAGUUGUUAGAUAUGGAGAACGUGGACGUGGAAAGUCUCAAAGAAAAUGAGACCAGUCAUUUGGAAAUCUCUCCAAAGGCUACACAGCAGGACCCUACAUUCGAAGGUCUAUCUGCAGAAGACACAAGGCAGAUAGAGAAGCGUCUCGUGCGCAAGAUCGAUCUACACCUCAUCUCAUCGCUAUGUCUUCUCUUCAUUUUCAAUAUCCUCGAUCGAUCGAAUAUCGCCAAUGCCCGUCUUGGUGGUAUGCAAAGCGAUACCCAAUACCAGACUGCCGUCGCGAUCAUGUUCGUCGGAUACCUGCUCGGACAGGUCCCUAGUAAUAUUGUCCUCACUCGCGUUAAGCCUUCGAAGUACAUCCCAGUUGCGAAUUUUUAUCUGGGUCUGCUUGUCAGCUCAUGGUACAAGCCGCAGGAGAUCGCACCUCGAGCCGCUGUUCUUUACUACGGCAACACCAUUGCGAAUGGAUUUGGUGGAUUGAUUGCCGCUGGAAUCUUGGACACGUUACAGGGAUCUAAGCAAAACUAUCCAGAUGGCUCUUCAUCAUCGAAGGCGCCGGCACAAUGGUCGCAGGAGCACCGGCAGUAUGGCUCCUACCCGACUUCCCACGAUCGGGUCAACGCAACUCAAGCUGCGAACGACGAGGUCGAUGAGAAUGGAUCCAUCAAGGAAGCACUGGUCGAUGCAUUCACGGAUCCAAAAGCGUGGGCUCUGAUCAUGAUUCAAGUCUGCCAGCUCACGUCCCAGACUUGGACAUAUUUCUUCCCCUCCAUCGUCAAAACCCUCGGCUUUGGCAACACCGCAACCCUUCUUAUCACCGUCCCCGUCUACGUCUUUGGCUUCUUCACAUCCCUCGGCAAUUCCUUCAUCGCCCAAUACACCAACCAGCUCGCAACGUUGAUCAUGUGGCCUCUUCUCAUUGACAUCAUCGGUAAUGUCCUGGUCAUCACGACACACUACAGCCCCACGAUACGUAGUACAGUCCCUCGAACACGGACAAAGCGUGCCAUUGUGUACGCCUUGGUCAACUUGUUCGGCAACUCGUCUGAUAUUUACGGUUCCUACUUUUUCCCAAGUUCUGAUGCUCCGCAGUAUCGAAUGGGCGGUAUCAUUCUGUCUUCUUUUGCGGCGGGUGGUAUUGUCCUCGCUGCGGCUUUGGGUCUUUGGUUGAGGAGUAUUAAUGAGAAGACGGAGAGCGAAGAGGAGGCGGACGGUCAGUUUCGGUAUAAGUAUUUGUGGUAA